AAAUCUCCGCUCCCUUCUCCGACUGCAGUCCAAACCAGCCCCCCAGAAGUCGGAGUUUUGGAACUCCUCCCCCCACAUCCCUUUCUCCAAGUGGAAAAAAGCAGGAAAAUAUCCAAACAGGAAUCAUGAUUAACUUCUUCUGCACUCAUUGACCCAAAGAUGAUCACUACAUAACAGCUUUGCACCACUGAGGAUAAAAUGUCUCCUAAAGUGCCUGGCGGUCAAGGCCGGGUGGACUACUCUGCAGUCCAGGUGGCUGUUCGAGUGCGUCCUCUGCUGCCCAAAGAACUCCUGCACUGCCACGAGAGCUGCAUCACCGUCGACCCGGACCUGCGGCGGGUCACUCUGGGCCACGACCGACACUUUGUCUGUGACUUCCUAUUUGAAGAAACGGCCUGUCAGGAGGACGUUUAUUCUGCGUCCGUCCAGCCGCUCAUCGACGCCUUCUUCCAAGGUUUUAAUGCCACUGUUUUUGCCUACGGCCAGACCGGCUCGGGCAAGACGUACACCAUUGGAGAAGCUAAUAUUAGUUCCUUCAGGGAUGAGGAGCAGGGCAUCAUUCCGAGAGCUAUUGCAGAUGUUUUUAAGCUGCUGGAUGAAAACGACCUCACUGACUUCUCUGUGCGAGUCUCCUAUUUGGAGAUUUAUAAAGAGGAAUUUAAGGAUUUACUGGAAAUUGAGACCGCCAGUAAGGAUAUCCUCAUCCGGGAAGAUAAAGGCAACAUUGUUCUGUGUGGUGUAAAGGAGUGUGAGGUGGAAGCUCUGGAUGAGGUGCUGAGUUUACUGGAGUCAGGAAACACAGCCAGGCACACCGGAGCGACACAGAUGAAUCCCAACUCCAGCCGCUCGCACACUAUUUUCACUUUGUACUUGGAUCAGCGCCGUGGGAGCUCACGCCCUAACGGGACCACUGCGAGCUCUGGACCACAAAUGCUGUCUUCCAAGUUCCAUUUUGUUGACUUGGCGGGGUCGGAGCGCAUCUUAAGGACAGGUAACACUGGAGAGAGACUGAAGGAGAGCAUUCAAAUUAACAGUGGACUUCUGGCUUUGGGAAAUGUUAUCGGGGCGCUGGGAGACCCGAAGAGGAAAGGCUCCCAUAUACCAUACAGGGAUUCUAAAAUCACAAGGAUACUCAAAGACUCUUUGGGAGGAAACUCAAACACUCUGAUGAUCGCCUGCAUCAGUCCGUCCUCCUCAGACUUCGAUGAAAGCCUGAAUACCCUGAAUUACGCCAUGAGGGCCAGGAACAUUCAGAACCGAGUGACGGUCAACUGCAAGCGAGAGCCGGAUCGCGUGGAAGGGCUGGAGCAGCAGAUCAAGGCUCUCCGCAGAGCCCUGGAAAACCGUCAGCGCUCCGAGACCCGAAUCAUAGCUCACGCCGAUCCCAACAGGAGACCUCGAUUUGGAGAGGGGGAGAUGAGCAGGCUGCAGGCGCAGAGCGCACACUACAGGACAUGCACCGACACCGCAUACAGGUUACUGCGGGAGUUGCAGAGCGAAGGCGCUCUGACUGCAGAGCAGAGUCUGAGAGUGAAGGAGUGGCUGUGCUCCGUUGAGGAGGAGCGGAGCGGCCUCACCACAGCCUCCGGACCAGACAGCGGCAUCGAGAACAGCUCCACAGAGGACAGCGUCGCUCUGCGGCGGGGCAGGCCGUCCAUAAAGAAUCAGGACACGGAGGCUGUGGAGGGGAGGUUCAGCCAUCUGAACGAAAGUGAAAAAGAAGACACUCUUGCUCAUCUUCAGUCAGAGAUCCAACGACUGGAGAAAGAAAAUACAGACUUUUUAGCAGCUCUGGAGGAUGCGAUGGAGCAAUACAAGCAGCAGAGUGACAAGCUGCAGGAGCAACAGGACCUGAUAGCGGAGCUACAGUGUCAGCUCUCUUCUCAUGGACUGAUGGGGCUUGGCUUGAACUUGAGGCUGCGGCCACACACUGCACCAAUGGGCUCCAUGCUGCAUUGCCAGAAUGGAGGCCCACAUAGACAGGGCAGUCCAGUGGGUUUCUCUGGGUGUGCACCCUGUCCCGAUGGAAAAUAUUUUGGCGACCAAGACAUCCCUCGAGUUGCAGAAAUGAUGCACUGCGCAGAAAAAGAGGGCAAUCAUGCGGACCAUGACAGAUGCAGACAGAUGAACCUGACGUGGACUAAACGGGACAUUCUGUUAGGAGGCAGCGUGGCCGUGGACAGAGGCCUAACGUCUCAGCUGCUGGACCCCCAGCAACACCCGUGUCUAACCAGAAAAGCCUCUAACUCCAGUGCAGGGGACAGUCUGAAAAGUUUUGAAAGCAUUUCAGAGUGGGGGCUUCUCCAGGCUCAGCAGAAGAUCAGGGAGCUGUCCGUCACCAUCCGCAUGAAAGAGGAACUCAUCAAAGAGCUGAUUAAAACCGGAAAGGAUGCUCAGGCCCUGAAUAAGCAGUACAGCCAUAAGAUCACAGCUCUGGAGAGUGAAGCGCUGCAGGCGCGGCAGGAGCUGCUGGAGGCGCAGCGCCAGCUGCAGGAUCUAGAGAAGCAGGAGAGAGAGAUCAGUGCAACGGACAAAACCAGAGCGCAAGAGUGUCGCAGGAAGAUCGCUGCCGCUCAGAGCAAAGUCCAGGUUCUGAGUCAGCGGCAGAGGGAUACCGCUCGUCUGGCCAACCUGCCCGUUCAAAGUGAGCGGCGUGUGCUGGAGCUGGAGAGGAGUGUGCAGUCCAUGAAGCAGCAGCAGGAGCAGCUGCAGAGGCGACUGCGGGAGGAGAGUCAGCAGAAGAGACGUCUGGAGACGGAGAUGCAAAGACGAACUCACAGAGUCAAGGAACUGGAGAUAAAAAACGAGCAGCAGCAGAAGAUCUUGAGGAUAAAGACGGAGGAGAUCGCUGCCUUCCAGAGGCAGAGGCGCAGUGGCAGCAAUGGAUCUGUUAUUUCUUUAGAAGAGCAACAGAAAAUUGAAGAGCAGAAGCGAUGGCUGGACGAGGAAAUGGAGCGCGUUCUGGAGCAGAGGAGAGGACUGGAAGAUCUGGAAGGGGAGCUGACCAAACGAGAGCAGAUCCUGGCCAAGAAGGAGGCUCUGCUCCAAGAACGCAGCGGGCUGGAGACCAAGAGGCUCCUCUCCAGUCAGGCUCUCAGCAAAGAUCUGGUGAUGCUUACUGGACGUAUCGAGUCCCUUGAGCAAGAGCUGAGUGAGAGAAACGGCCUCCUUCGCAGUAGCAGUGCUCAAGACUCCCAACAGAUUCGCCAAGAGAUCUCCAACCUUCGUCAGGAGAAAGACUCGCUGCUUAAGCAAAGAGUUGAGCUGGACGAUAAACUUCGGCAGGGUAAUCUGCUCUCAGCUGAGGAGGAGAGAACCCUGUUCCAGCUGGAUGAAGCCAUCGAGGCUCUUGACGCGGCGAUUGAAUACAAGAAUGAAGCCAUCACUCAGAGGCAGAGACAGCUGAGGGCUUCUGCCAGCAUGCUCUCACAGUGGGAAAUGAACCUGAUGGCCAAGCUCAGCUACCUGUCUGCGUCUGAGACCAGAGCCCUGCUGUGCAAGUACUUUGACAAGGUGGUGUCUCUGCGUGAGGAGGAGCGGAAGCUGCAGCUGGCCCUGGCUGAGCUGGAGAUGCAGCUGGACGAGCAGCAGAGGCUGGUGCAGUGGUUGGAGAAUGCUCUCGAUCGUGCUCAGCUGGACACGGAUCGGCGGCUCACGCAGCAGCAGAAGGAGCACGAGAGGAGCGUCCAGCUGCUGCUGCAGCAGUGUCGAGAACAAAUGGAUGAGGGUUUGGCUGGACGACAGCGGCAGUAUGAGGGAUGGAUACACAACAUCAGCAAGGAGCUCAGUCAGUACAAAGCAGCCAAUCUGGAACUGAGCAGCAAACUAAGAGAGCUCUGCGCAUCGACCAAUCAGCCUAAAGAACACCUUAAAGUCUUGCUGUCUGAAGGUAAACCCAACAAUACUGGCAGCCUGGAAAAGUUGAGCCACCAGGACAGUCCCGCAGCCAGAGGGGCGGGGCAACCCGACCGGCCCGUCCGGUCUCGGGAUGAAAUGAGGGAGCUGGUGAAGGCUCCUCUCCCCUCCACGUGGAGACGCUCCUCUCUCCCCACAGAGGAGCCUGCAGUCAUGGAGGAGCUCCUGCUUCAGGUGUCCGGGGACGCUCCUGCGAACCGCGUAGUUCAGCCGGGUUUGGGUUCCUGGGGGGGGCACCCGUCUUUGCCUGUGGUUAAACUUCGUCGGGAGUUUCGGCGCUCCAGCCUCAACGUUGGACCUUUGACGUCAAACAAUGCAUUCAUUGAUGUCCGGAAGAACCCGGUCUGAUUGUUAAGCUUUCACAGAGACUUUUAUUUUGUAGUCCAUUAUUAUUUUGUUUGUUUGUUUCUAAAACCUUCAGAUUUUUCUGCCACGCACUUUUCUUCUUGUUUUUGUAAAGUAUAUGAUUUGCCUAUAAAUCAUUCCUGUUUCUUAAUUCAAGUCCAGUUUUUCGCAUUAAAAGGUUUUAAUUCAGA